CUUUCAUCGAGUCAUAUGCUCCUGCAGUAGCUCGUUCAUGCCAUACUCCAUCGUUUUUGUAACAAUAACCCUACACUCUCAUUAGUUUUAACAGACUAUUAUGUGGCUCAUCACCGGCCCAUUCGAUAGCGUCGAACAGGGGGAUAUCACAACUACCAAGACGAAGCUGCUUAAACCUGGAAAAACCUACGGACUAGGUCGCAAAGAGCAACCACUGGUAGUGAACAACAAAAAGCUUUCUCGUGAUGCUUGUGAAUUUAGAGUGGGUUUGUAUACGCCAGAUAAUAUGGUCGAUCCAUCAUACGUCCCCAGACUUCAACUAUUUAAUAACAAGCUCAAGAGCCUCAUGGUAAAACGACAGAAAGAGGACGACGUGACCUGCAAUCCGUCAGCCUCUAUCACUCUUGAGGAUGGAGACAAUAUUACGAUCGUUGCUGGUAUUAUGGUGGAAGUACGAUGGCGACGAAUAGCAUGUUUUGUCCCUCCGGUCAGAGGCAUGCCCUCGGUUUCUUCUGAAGACUGCGCUUCAAUCGGUAUCAGUACGCUUGCUUCUGCUCAUGAGCUUCUCACCCAUCACAUCGUACCAAAGUAUGAAGUGACAACACCAGUUAUGACCUCUUUGCUCUGUGCCGCUCAACUUGUCAAGCCAGAAUGGUUGCAAGAACUCGUGCGACUUGGCAGUACUCCCGCAGAAAACGAUGCUCUCGGUUUAACUAUCCUCGAAAGGUCAUUUGUCCUGCCCAUUGAAAGCAAGUACCGUCCGGUAUUUGGACCUGCUCUCCCUUCUGGGCUUAAGAGCUUCAAGCAUUGGGAGCCAAAUGAAGAGAGGUUGAACUUAUUAAGGGGCUUCCGUUUCGUUCUUCCCGCUGAGGACGGGGAAGUUGAUGCAGAGUUGAGGGACUUGGUCGUAAGGGGUGGCGCAGAAUAUGAAGGAUUCAAUCUGAAGGCGGGGCUUACGAAGUGGAGGCAGGUAAUUGCUAAGGGAAAGAGAAAAGUUGAAGAGCUGAGAGGUUCAGGGAAGGGGCUGGUCGUGCUGGCGAAGAAUAGUGUAAUACAGAGGGCUGUUGAAGAAGAAAAGUGGAGGGAAAUGGUUGCAGAUGCUGCAAGCCUGAGCGUGUAUGUCGUUCCACUUGAGACUGUUCUCGAGGCUGUUGUUCACGUCGAUGCGUCUCGCAUCGCAUCCUCCGGAAGCGGUUCACAAGAAUCAUCAAACCAGUCUUCUUCUCCUUUGGCUUCCUUUGUUCCCAAUACGCAUCCCGACGAGCCAUCUUUCCCAGAUGGCGCCGACAGAGAAAUCUUCAUGGAUAAAAGUCAACGCGCAGUCUCUCCCGGAAGCGGAAGACAGGAUUCUACUAUGCACUCGCCUGAGCCUCCCGUUGUUCCUGAGCCAACGACCAAGCCGAAGCGAAAGCUGGUGCGACGAGUGCCUGUGCCAAUUGAGACCAGUGAAGGAUCUUUGAUGAAUUUUAACAAGCCAGAGUCAGAUAUUGAUCAGGCUAAACCUGAAUCUACACAAGCACCUAAACCACCGUCGGGCAGUCGCCCGCCCUUGAAGCGCCGCUUAGGAUUGCCUGGGAUGCCUGGAGUUCCGCCUCCCGAGAUCACGAUACCAGUUGUUACCAUCGACAUCAACGAUGUAGUGGAGGAAGAACCACCGCAUAAGAAGUUCAAGGCUUUGUUUGAGGCGAGCGACCCAAACAAGAUGAUUCUUGAGGGCUCGCAGGCUUUUGACGCAGCCUACGACAAUGUAGUAGGCACCCAAAGUGAGAGUCUCACACAAACAAUGUGGUCACCUGCUUUCGCACUGGCAAAGCGAUUGCCGGUUGUAGCAGAGGAAGAAGAGAGCCUCAGCGGGCCCUCACAGCGAGCCAAGUCCAUUGUAUCUGAGGUGCCGCACCCGGGGGAGGAGGAUGGAGGACUUCCGUCCCAGAUGCCAGCCACCCAAACUAGGAUGAAGUCCAAGUCACCUAUGUUGCACCAGCCGUUACAACCCAAGGCGAUAGCAAAGUUGAAGCAAGCCUCUGACGGUGGCAGGCACGUGGUCGACAAGGACGAGGCUUUCCUCACUGCCGUUGCUUCGAAGAAACGCGGGAAGAAGACUGAAGAUGAUUUUGACCGCGAGUUUAAUAAGUUGCGGAUAUCGAAACCGGAUUUGCAGCGCGAAGAACAGCCAUGGACGGAUAUGGGGGACUUUGACCUCCCAAACAUCAGAGGGAACUUUAUGGUCAUUAUGGAUUUGGAGGUGUACAAAUACUCGGACCGUUACCGCGAUGCUGUUACAAAUCACACUCGUGUCUCUGCUAACAUGAACGUAUCGAAUUUCAAGAAGUUUAAGAAGAAAAUAAAUGGACCCCGUCGUCCACCAAUCGACCUCGUGCUUGCAGAGGAGAAUGACUACGGCAUAGGUGCAGGUUACUGGAAAGACAACAAAGAUUACACUAAGGACUCACAGGUGACUGAAAAUGUGACUCAGGGAACUCAAGGCAAGCGCCGUGCGCUGGCGAUCGACUCUGACGAGGACACGCAGUCACAAACCCUUGAAACCAUCAAAAAACCCGCUCGCAAGGCAGUGCGUGUAAAGGAGGCAAAGAAGUUGUUUUUGAACUCCGAUGACGACGACAGUAAAGACGAUGCAGGUUUUGGGUGCUCCGAGGAACAAUUGCCAGCUCCUUCUACUCCUACUGCCCGUGCUCGGGCCAGUAAACGCCUGCGUGUCGUUGCUGAUGAUGAUUCUGAUGAUGGUGUCACUUUCAAGGGCUUCAGCAAGAAGAGAAGAACGAAAUAGUUCCACGAUAUAUCUAG